GUGCGCUGAUUGGCCAUCCUUGCUGUGUUCGUCUGCUCUGCAUUCGUUGUCUCUGCGUCCCCAGUUGCAUACAAGAGGGCUUAUUCCGACUUUGAGACGAACAUCAAUGGCAAAGAGAAGAAGUGUCCCCACAUGUGCAAGGGAGUCAAACCUGUGAACUCGACGGACUAUCUUUGCGGCGACGCACGUCUUGGUCCCAAGAAGCUGCCAACUCUUUUCCCUCUCGAUGAUAUAACUCAUCCCCACGAUCGCCUUGGCGGUCUCUGUGCUGCCGAAUUCCUCCCCAAGUGGACCGUCAACGGCCAGUACACCUAUCCUCCCAAGGAUGGUUUUCAGCUCAACACCGCGGGCGAGCCCAUCCAGGGCAAUAUGACCCUUCUCAUUGGCACACUGGUCGACCACUUUGGAAGCGAAUACGGAUCCUAUAUGUCACCCGCUGAGGCUCCUUAUCCACAGCGUGCCCUCCCAUCCUCCAACCUAGGCACCCCACCAAAUGAUGAUAGAUACCCAUAUAACUACCAUGUGUACAAUGUUACCAAAGAAUUCAUCGUCAUGGCUGGUCCAAUUGCUCCGUGGUUUGGACAGCCUGGCCAAGGCGUACAAUACCACACAUACAGCAAUAUCAUGAGUCUCAUCAGUCAAGGCUUCCUCGUUCCCGUGCCACUUCGCUACAGCAAGCUGUUCUAACAGCUAUGUUAAUAGUGGAUGGCAUUGUAUUAGAGAAG